AGCGCUGCUAGUGGACAAUCAAACCUACACACCCACCAGACACACUCGCAUUUCUCAUUUCUUACUUCUACUCUAAAUUAGAUAGCAAGACGUAGUGUCGGAGCUCACAGAUCGCAUAGAAUUAGUUUUAAGUACUAGCGAUAGUUAAACAGCAAAUCUGAAAUUCAACAUGGAGUCCCCUCCAGAUCCAGCGAGCGACCCGGGCAACAGCGCCUCGAAGCCGGCUACCCCGGUCAGGGAAACCCCGGUAAACCUGGAGACGCUCCGGAAAGCGGACCAUCCAGCCCCGGUUCGAAGGCAGACCUGUUCAAGCACCAACAGAGGUAUCUCAGUAACAAAGAAGACACAUACCUCUCAAAUCGAAAUAAUUCCCUGCAAGAUCUGUGGAGACAAAUCAUCAGGCAUCCAUUAUGGCGUGAUAACAUGUGAAGGCUGUAAGGGCUUCUUCAGGAGGAGUCAGCAGAGCAAUGCAGCCUACUCCUGCCCCCGUCAGAAGAACUGCCUGAUCGACCGCACCAGCCGCAACCGCUGCCAGCACUGCCGGCUGCAGAAGUGCCUGGCAGUGGGCAUGUCACGAGAUGCGGUGAAGUUUGGUCGCAUGUCAAAGAAGCAGCGAGACAGCCUGUAUGCUGAGGUCCAGAAGCAUCGGCUGCAGCAGCAGCAGCGUGACCACCAACAACAGCCCGGGGAGGCAGAGCCGCUCACACCUAGCUAUGGCCUCUCAGCCAAUGGCCUCACAGAGCUCCAUGACGACCUCAGCGGCUACAUGGAUGGUCACACCCCUGAUGGCAGCAAACCAGACUCGGCGGUUAGCAGCUUCUACCUGGACAUCCAGCCAUCUCCUGACCAGUCAGGCCUGGACAUCAACGGCAUAAAGCCGGAGCCCAUUUGCGACUUUGCCCCCGGCUCUGGCUUCUUCCCUUACUGCUCCUUCACCAACGGAGAAACCUCCCCCACCGUGUCCAUGGCUGAACUAGAGCACCUGGCCCAGAACAUCUCCAAGUCACACAUGGAGACAUGUCAGUACCUGAGGGAGGAGCUGCAGCAGAUGACCUGGCAGGCCUUCCUGCAGGAGGAGGUCGAGAGCUACCAGAGCAAGCCCCGGGAAGUCAUGUGGCAGCUGUGUGCUAUCAAAAUAACAGAGGCCAUUCAGUAUGUGGUGGAGUUCGCCAAGCGCAUCGACGGCUUCAUGGAGCUGUGUCAGAACGAUCAGAUAGUGCUGCUGAAAGCAGGCUCUUUGGAAGUUGUGUUUGUCAGAAUGUGCCGUGCCUUUGACACGCAAAACAACACAGUCUAUUUUGAUGGAAAGUAUGCCGGACCGGAUGUGUUCAAGUCAUUAGGCUGUGACGACUUGAUCAGCUCCGUCUUCGAGUUUGGGAAAAACUUGUGUUCUAUGCACCUGUCUGAGGAUGAGAUCGCCCUGUUCUCCGCCUUUGUGUUGAUGUCUGCUGACCGGUCUUGGCUCCAGGAGAAGGUGAAGGUUGAGAAACUCCAACAGAAGAUCCAACUGGCUCUCCAGCACGUCCUGCAAAAGAACCACAGAGAGGAUGGGAUACUUACAAAGUUGAUAUGCAAAGUGUCGACACUGCGAGCGCUGUGCAGUAGGCAUACAGAGAAGCUUACAGCUUUCAAAGCAAUAUACCCAGACAUUGUGCGUGCCCACUUCCCCCCCUUAUACAAGGAGCUGUUUGGAUCAGACUUUGAGCAGUCCAUGCCCGUUGACGGGUAGCAGCCCUGCCAGGUGCCAGUGUGCCCACCGUAGGGGAAUGUGGAGGAGGAGGAAUCUGAGACACUUUAUAGGUGCCCUGCACAAACCAGAGCGGACAGGUGGCAGGCUGUUCACCUUCUUCUUUUACAUUAAAGGGGAGGGCUUAGGUAGUUGAUUCUCAAGGUUUACUUUAUCAAAUUUAGUUCUCUUUGGAAGACUUGUGGGACCUGACACCCCCAUGGGACAUGAAGAGGAGAUAGGGACAAAUAAUUUCUGUCUGGUUGAACUUGACCCUCUUUUGCGCAUUUCUAACAUGAAAAUCAUGAUUCAUUUAAAUUCACUCAUUCAAUCUCAGCAGUAUUUAUUGAAUUGCCAUUAUUAUGAUUUACAUGUGCAUUUGACUUAUAACCAUGUAAACAAUUACUGAGUUGAUUUGGGAAUUAAAAUAGCUGAAGACUUCUUCAAUUAAAAGAUAAAUCCACAUCAGUAUUAUUUUUCAGAUUACUUUCCCAAAACAGUUUUGGCAUUAUCUCUAGCUCCCCAAACUGAAAUAAACAGCUGACAAAUGCGCACAUUUUGGUCAAGUUCAGCUCUUUUUCUCUUGAGUUCAGUAGUAUUUUUGGGACGCAGUUCUUGGAUUGAAAACUCACAGCGACUUUGAGGGAGGGUCUGUCGGCAUGGUAAUGCAACCGGCAUCUCUCUAUGGACAAUCGUAAAAAAAAAAGGAAAAAAAAGAAACAGAAUUCUGGUAAUUCUAAUGAAAACGCAAUGAUUUUAGCUGUCAAAGACUCCAUCCACCAUUGUUGCAUAGUGAAAUCAUGUAAGGCCAUCUGCUAUUAAUCCUUCUCUGGACAGGUGCCCUGGGGAAGCACAGGGCACUAACACAAUGAAAAGGGUCCAUUCCACCUGUUUUAUAAUGUACUACAGGGUAUAUGGUCAUAAGUACUUACUAUACAGAAAAAAAGUAAUGUUUAUAGAAUCUAUUUUAAAUAACAUGUAUGAUAUUAGUAGUUAGACCAUUCUUAAUUGUUGAAUUGAUAAGGCACUUUUAUUUACACCUUUCUUUAAUUUAAGACUUGUAUAUUUACCUAGUGAUGUGUUGCAUGUGCACAAGAAAUACAAGUUGAACCAUGGUCACAGAGGCUAGUCCUGGGAGCUGCAGAUGAUACUGGUUUGGAAGUGUAAGGGCUGUUUGUUAGGAUUGCUGGUGAGGCUGCUGGCUGGAGAACAAAGAGGCAUGGAUGAGAAGGCAGGUUAGAGGAGCUCUAUCCCCUGUUACCUCAACAACCGGCUCCAUGACACCUGUCCAAAUGUAGCUCUGAUACUCCUUUUAGGGAGAAUGCACACGUACAAUAAGGGCCAACAAACCAUGAAGUGACGUUACAGUCUCUUGGCUUUCUCAAUCAAUUUCUACAUAUUUUGUACUAAUUUUACUUUGAAAAACCUCACAAAUUAUGUAAAGAAGGCCACAAAGAAACAGAAAUCUAACGUGUAAGCAAGGUCUUACAAAUUGACAAUGAAUAGCUGUGGGUUGGACUGGGGAGAUUCACACACACUCACACACACACACACACACACACACACACACACACACACACACACACACACACACACACACACACACACACACACACACACACACACACACACACACACACACAGACUUUAGUCCAAUUGUUCCAUCUAGUGGAAUGUAAAGAUACAGCAAGCAAGUUGACAGCCUAAUGACAAAGAUCCAGGGUCUAACCUAAAAGCACAUUCUGUCAAAUUGUUUUGAGUGUUUUGUUGUUGUUGUUAGAAAGUGACUUUAUCUGCCUUCUCACCACAGCCUCAGCCUCAGCAAUGCCACAACAGGACACAGAAGGAACAGUAAAGGGAAAGUGAAUAUUCAAAGCCUUGUCUGGUAGUAAAGCUUCUAUUUUUGUAACAUGUUUUGGUUAAUAAACUCAUGAAAGAGAAUGAGGGAGAGAAAAAGAUGUCAGGUAGCACUUAACUAUAUCCCUGCAAUAAUUAGACUAGCUGUUGUUUGUAUGAUUAGGGAAGAAACAUAAAAAUGGUAGGACAAGUGCUAUUUUCAGAAUGCUUUGUUGUUGUGCUUCUGUUUUGUUGAGUGUGUCUUUAUUGUCAGUGUGGUAGUAAAGUGGUAGAAAAAACCCUGGAUGUGCCAAACAGUAGUCGUUGCUUCCACUUUACCAGUCUACUCGUCUAUAAUGUAGAAUGGAUUCCUAAGACAUUCCAGCAAUCUCAGUAGCGGCUUUAAGAAAUUUCUUUUAAAAAAAAAAGAGAGAAAAAAAAGAAAGAAAAAAAUGAUAUCCCUUUAGAAACCCAACAAAGCAUGUGGAUACAUCUGUCACCAACCGUAACAUAGAAUCCAGUUGUUUGUCUUUUUUUUCUGUUUGCACACUUAUCAUUCCUCUGCCGUGCAAUUUGUACAAGGCGUUAAUGCCUUGUGCUGUCACCCCUCAGGGAAGAGUUUCUUUUGCGCUUUCUGUUUGAGAGGAUGUUGGUUUGCACUCAUUAGGUUUAGUUUGUGUUUUUGUCAGGGAUGUUCCAUCAGAAGUAGUUAAGAUUUAACAUUAGAAUUUUACAUUAUGGAUGUCCUUAGGGGGGCCCCCAGCCACUCAUAGACCACUGCACCCCUACGGUCAAGUUAAAAAAAAUCUCAUUUGUAAAAAAGCAACAAACCCAAUCACUUUUACAAACCGCAGUUUUAUCAGCACACAGCAUAUUCCUGUCACACAAAAAAUCUGUUUAGGUUUCAAACGGUGUCAUCAGGGUCUUUAAAAAUGAUAACCCUCUUUGUUAGAAAAACCAAAUAUUCUUAUGCAAUACUAAAUCCGUUGUGUUUGGGUUGUAGAUAUGCUGUACCUAAGUAAUAAUUUCUGUUAUGAUGAUCCAAUGCUAUUUGGAUAUGCACAAGCCCUCUAUGACUAGUAAACCUCAGUCUCCCAGCAAAAGAAACCCAGUCUGGAACACUGCUAGACAAUCCAGGUUGAGAGGCCAGUGGCCCGCCAAGAGCAGCAAAAGAGGAUGAGGUGUGAACGCUCAGGGAGGUAACAGGUAGACCGAAGAAGCAGCUCACUUUCCUCUGGACAGUUGCAGAGCAUUUGAUUAGCUCUUAUGUGAAUUUAUGAGGUCUUGUAAAAGCACUCGAUUGAUGAGAGGAGGAGGCCUUGCACUCUGAACAUGCAGUACAGCACUUAUUGUUCAGAAAGCAAUUAAGAGAUGGAGGUUUGGCUGAUAUCCUGUUAUUUAUUUGCAAAAAAAAAAAAAUUGGUAUGUUUUUUGACAAUGAUUCCACUGUUGUAAUAUCGCUUCAUAGUCACAUUAAACAAUUCAGUAUUUUCUCAAAUAUGAUCUACCACCAAAACGGUUCUGUUCUUAUAAAGUGAAAACUUGUUUCUCAUUCAAGUGGCAUGUAAUGUGUUACAGUACACUACAAUAUAAAACAAGCAAUAUGCCUUGUGUUACAAUUACGGGUCUCUACAGUGCAGUCAUCAUCCUUUUUUGAUUUUAUUUAUUCAGCUGAUUCAAACUGAUGACAUUUACUCUCAGUCUAGAACAAAAUGCCCCAUUGCUCUGUUUUCAUCUUAUGAACUGGUAUUGAUAAUGGCAGGAUAGCAGAAAUGGUCAUCAAACACAUACUUACAUACUUGUGUCUAUAAACUGCACCUUCACACGGGCCUGUAGUGAUGUCCUUCUGUAUAUUCUCACUUGAGAUAUCCCGAUUUAAGUAAGGGAUUGAUACUAAGUGUGCUAUUCAAUCAGUGUAUAGUAUACAGUAAAAUGUGCUGGUCCUUCUGUCUCUGCUCUGUUGUCUGUUUGUAAAAAGCAAAGGUGUGUGUGUGUGUGUGUGUGUGUGUGUGUGUGUGAGUGUGAGUGUGAGUGUUCUCACAGUGUGUGAAUAAAAUAAACCCCAGACAAGGCUUUAAUAAUAACAGAGGAAUAGGGUUAUGUGGACAAGGUUUUUAUUUUGGACUUUAAAAAAAAAAGGUUUUGGAAAUGCUGGGCUUGAUCCAUCCAUAAUAGGUGUAGGUUUUAAAAGCAUGACAUAAUGCCUUCAACAAUUCAUAGGUUGCAGAAUGCUGUGAGGCAACAUUGAUCAGCUUCACAGCAAAAACAUGCUUCGCUAUUACUUUGGACAACGAAAAUUUUAAAUUGUGAAAAUGAGUCUGCUUGGCUAUAAAUUGUGAAGAUCAGUGUUAUGUCACGCUUUAAGUUGUGCUGGAGUGUCAGUGUGUUACCCAGAAUUAUGAGUCAGGCAUCACAUUUUAACAGAACUCAUUUUCCAAAGCACAGCUGAUAAGGAUUUAUGAUUAAAAAUAUGUUUAAGAAUAUAGUUUAAAAAAAAUUAAAAGCAACUUUUAGCCAUAAUCGAAUGUCAAGCAAUAAUAUAUGUCUGUGUAUUAUUUUUGAUUCUUUUGUGCAUAAUAGUCUUUGAACAUCUGCAUGUAAAUACACCUCUUAUUUAUCACCUUUUUUGUUUGUUUUGUGUUGAUUUUGUGGAUGUUUUUUUAUGUUUCAUCUGUAUAUUUGACCAGUUGUGUUCCCAGGUGGAGAACUAAGAACUUGAUACGGCCUGUAUGCUGUAAAUCUUAUUUUCUCACUUUAUCUCUCCCUCAUUCUCGGCUGUUCUUUCACCAUAUUUAAUGUUAUUAUUGAUCACAUGUAUAAAGGUAGCUUUGUUAUUUCUGUCUAUAUAGGUAAGAGGAAAAUACUGCUACUAAGGCCUACCCAGUGAAUCUAUUUAUCUGUUUAUCAAUUACACCAUAUUGUACAAUAACUUUGUUUCUAGUUUGCUUCCCUCCUUUAGGAUUAGUUUGAUAGAGAGGGUGUGCUGACAUUUAUUUUGUGUUGCCCUGAUGUGUGGUGUUAGGUAAGUUCAUUUUGUGAACAAAGUAUUGAUUCCUAAGCCUGGCCGCCCUAUUAGUCCAUUCAUUUUGUUGCAUAUUAAUGUAUUAUUGAUAUUAGGACUCAAUAAAUAAUAAUAAUGAUAAUGAAAAUGAUAGUGGUAAAAUUACCCAGCCAGUACCUGUAUCAGUGUGCUAGUCUUGGGAUAAGGCACUUAUUUCCUUCUGACUUAUAGCAAAACUAGUAUCUGCUAAUUAACAAGCUAUUUAAGGUUGCUUUUCUGGUUUGUGGAAAAAUGAUAAUAUUUAAACUAAAACAGCAGUAUUGUGUUUUUUUUUUCUUUGUCUGAUUGUAAAAACCACUCACUGAGGCUUGAGUUUGUAAGGUUUUAAGAUACUUAAUAUUUACCUCUCUUGUGUCUGCUUUACCUCAACGGGGAAGUGGUGCUUGGAUUUCAAUAAACAGAGCCUCAGUAUGCUUUUGUUAUUCCCCAUUUUAGACUACCCUGAAACUGGUUUCUUCCGACCAGUGACGUACAACUCUUGCACCACAUAAAGUGUUACAAAUUGACAUGAAAUAAUUGCCAUUUGAGGACAAAGUUGACCUCUUUUCUCAACUCUGUAGCAAAUAUCAGUGAGAAUAUGCUUGCAAUAAUUCACAACGUAUCACACUGAGUGCCUCUCGGUGUAACAAGAUGCAUACAUGGUUCUGAUUGUCUUUUUUUGUGGUUUUCCAGACGUGUAAUGAAGUGACAAUGUAUUUUGUACAUGAGGAUGAAUUCUCAACUCACACAUGCUUCAAAUGUUUUUUCAGACUCUUUUUUUUUGUGAUGUUAAUCAUUUUCACGUGGGUUGAUGUUAAAGGGUUUCAAUGUAUAGAUGGUCCAUUUAGAGUGUAUAUGUCACCCCUCACCUUGUUUUUUGAGAAACAUAACUUGGAAGUGUGUUUCAUGUUGAUCUGGUAUGGUCAAAUAAAUGCUCGCAGACAAUAUUACGGAAAAGUUCAUCUUUUUUGAACAGGCAACCCAUAUUUCUUCACUUUCUGUUUGUUUUAUAUCAACUUUUUUAUUUCACUGAGAUUUACUAAUGCAUUGUAUAUCAAGUAGUUGUUUGUAAAAGAGGCAUACAACACAUCUGGAUUUCUUUAAUGUUCUGUGUUUAAUGUGCGCUCAGUCAGUUGGGGUAACUUAACAUGAAGGGUGUGGAUUCUUUUUUCCAUGUAAAAGCAGUGCAAAUUAUGGGAAAGCCGAAACUAUUGUGUGAUUGUCACACAUUUCUAAGUCACAAGUUUGCUACUGAUGUUAAAAUGGGGACAGAUGAUCAUGUACCUUUUUAUCCAGCUCUUUUGAACUCUCUUUAGCAGGUAGUCUAUUCACAAACGUAGUUUUGCUCCUUCUUGUCUGAUUCUUAAAUAUGAAAAUAAGUAUUUUGAUUCAUUUUGUAAAUACAGCUGUAAAGAAAAA